AGGCAGUAUUCAGAGCAUUGAAAAGUGGGGUUGAGCACACUUUGUCACUCCGAUCUUUAGGUUGAGGUUUUGCUUCUAGAUAUAUAUCGAAGCCAUGAGUGAACAUCUGGAGGAUCCCACCAAGCAUCUCAGCAGUGACAAGCUCCUCUUCCUCAAUUCCAUGGAAUGUCCCUUCGCGCAACGAACAUGGAUCGCUCUGAUAGAGAAGCAGGUGCAAUACUCAAAAGUUGACAUCAAUCUUCGCAACGAUGCUGGUCAAUACGCCCCUGAGAACAAGCCCGAAUGGUUCCUACGACUCAAUCCAAAUGGGAAGGUGCCCGUGCUUGCAUAUGAGGAAGAGAGAACAAUCCACCAGAUCUACGAGUCAAAUAUCUGCAAUGAGUUCUUGGAGGACUACCAGCCCAGCCCCUCGCUGCUUCCACCCCACCCGGCAGUCAGGGCGCGAGCGCGCAUCAUCAUUGCACGGUUCAGCGAGAACUUCGUGCCAGCAUUCUACCGGCUCCUCCUCAGGCAGGACACAGAAGGACAGCAACAGGCGGCUGAGACAUUGAGGGCAGAGCUGCAAUGGCUGGAAGCCCACUUUGACAGCAUGGGGCCACACUUCAUGGGCACAGAGUUCUCACUGGUGGACAUCUCCCUGCUGCCCUUCUUCCUGCGCUUUGGCGUCCUGCAGCACUACAGAGGCUUCAGCCUGCCGUCAGAGUGCCAAAAGCUUGCGGCCUGGGUGCAGGAGGUCAGCAAACGUGCAUCCGUGCAAGAGACGAGCGUUUCUGCAAAGCCUGAGCUGUCAUACCAGAACUACCUCACAUGGGUUUAUCAACGGUAUGCUGAUGCAUCAGCCAAAUCAACUUCAGCUGCUGAUUUUAAGGAUUGAGCCAUGCCUGCAAGUAUCGAGAUGUGAGAUGAUCCAUUCUCCUGAAGUAUUGAAAUGGGCAUUUGAGGGAAUCUCUCAAAACUUUUAGAAAUUUAAGGCAUAGUCUUAAGCUUUGUUCAGAAUAGAGAGGUACUUUGCUAGAUCGCACAUCAGGACCAAUUACAAUUUAAUUUUCUGGCAGUUUUGCAAUGAUAGUUUUGUUACAAGAGACUACAAGG